CUGGGCAGCCAGCCCAGGCUCCUCCUGCUCUACAGCCCCGAGCCUCCGCCCUCUCCCCACUCGACCCACGUACAAAGGCGCCCAGCCGCAGAGCUCUCCCCACCUCCCGCGUCGCAGCUCGCCCAGCAUCUGCCGCGUCCCGGGGCUCAGAUUUCAUCAGACCUCACCAAAAUGCCGUCUCAGAUGGAACACGCCAUGGAAACCAUCAUGUUUACAUUUCACAAAUAUGCAGGGGAUAAAGGCUACUUAGUAAAGGAAGACCUGAGGGUACUCAUGGAUAAGGAGUUUCCUGGAUUUUUGGAAAAUCAAAAAGAUCCUCUGGCUGUGGACAAAAUAAUGAAGGACCUGGAUCAGUGCCGAGAUGGCAAAGUGGGCUUCCAGAGCUUCUUUUCACUAAUUGCAGGCCUCACCAUUGCGUGCAAUGACUACUUCGUAGUACACAUGAAGCAGAAGGGAAAGAAGUAGAUAGAAUCCAGCAAUUAUUUCUGCCUACUCCAUAAGAUUUCUCCAGAAGGGUCAUUUGAGGGAUCCACCCACAAAAGGUUUUAUGACAGAUGAGGACUCUUAGGAAAAGUACAAAUAGCAUCCAACUCCCAUUUGACAAGCAGAGAAAAGAAAGUUAAUGAAAUGCCAAAUAAGCUUCUCGUUUUUAUAUUGUUUGCAUCCUCUUUCCCCUAAUAAUAAAGUCUUUUUUUUAUUCCAAA